CAAAAAAUGGAGAAAACGAUAAGCCACACAUUAGUCAACAUACCUAUGUUUCAAUCAUUUUGAUCAGAAUAUGGGGGCUCCGUGUCCGUACCUCCCCAGUACCUAUUUACAAAUCCAAUCACAAAAUGUUCGCAGCUUUUAAAACCGUAAGAAUGUAAACUUUUCAGAAUUUUUUCAAGCUACGUAUUAAAUCAUUGUUCCGAAAUUUUUGCCAAGAUUUUGAAAACUGAGCUUUCAAAAAAAGCUCAACAUUCGGAUUUUGAAAUUUUUAGCAAAUAUUCUCGAAACGACUCACAAUGGAAUCAAGUUUAGCGUAUUUUUUUCAUAAUUUGAAGGUUGUGCUUGAAAUGAGGAAUUCCCCUCUUUUGAGAUUUCAAUAACACUUUUCUCAGCUCCAUUUCAACCGAUUUUGAAAAUUUUUCUGGAAAUCAUGUAUAUCCUUAGUAGUUAUUCCCACAAAAAUUUCCAACCCCCUCCACUCAUUUUUUCAUUUUUUUAAUGCCUAUUAACAAUCAAGAUUGCGAGGUACAAGUUUGGAAACACGUUCUUUGGAUGUAUUUUUGGCCCCCAAACAUCAUAUACUAUAUUAGAAAUUUUGCUUUGGUGUGCCAUGGCGAAAACUUGUGGAAUAAUGUAUCGUAGGGGCUGGGGGGUGAAAUGGGAAUUUUGAGAAAAAUUACUAUCAAUGAGUAGGGUGUCGUUUUCAUAUGAUUCGAUACCGCUGAGCACGAAUAUGAUCUCAGAUUUUCUGCUACACUCACCUACCUUUCUCUAGAGCCCCUCAGCCCCGCUCAAUUUUCACGAUUUUUGAAAUAAAGUUAUUUUGAUGAUGUUGGUUUCAUUGCUAUGGAAAAAUUACAUAAGUUCGUUGUUAUUAUACAUAAAAUUUCUCGUAGAAUGAGCUACAGCACAUGGCUCCCUCUCGAGGAGGGUGGACCCUUGAAUUUUUUUCUACACUGAAAACGUAACAAAUCUCUAUGUGCACUGCACUGUAUAGGUAUGCGGAGCAUUUAUGUGAAAUAAUAAUUAUUCAUGAUAACUGUAACUUGAGUAUGUAUGAGUAUGUAUUUUAUAAAUCAAUGACUACCUACAUAAAAAAUCACAAGAAAAAAAUAUGGUAGGUAACCAAAUACUGAUAAAAAAAAAAGUAAAGAAUGUUAUUUUGUGAUUCACAUUAUUAUUUUCUACAUACGUGACAUGUUUACGUUUUAUUAUCUGUUGCGAUACUUCCAACUAAAAUACCCCCCAUGUACCUAGUUAUUGUUAAAGAUUGUCUUGUCAGUUGUCACAACGUCACCGUUGAAGCGUAUAGGUCCAAACUUCAAAGUACAAACUAAUGUAAGGACUUUGAAUGCAGGAACAUAGUUUCUGAUCUUUUGUUUCUGCCAUCGUUAUUUGAACACAAUGUGGUGGAAGUCCGGGUGUCAGUGAGCUUAGAAGUUAGUCUUCGUCGAUCCUUGAUGAUAUGAUGGUGUGUUUGCGAAGUUAGCGUAGUCUUUUGAUGCUUUUCUAACGAAUAGGAAGACCAGUCUGGUUGUAUAAUAUGUAUGUGUAUUAAUAUGUGCUCGCGUUUAUUGGAGUCUCAUGUUAUAGCUUAUUAAUUUCGUGGAUCACUUUCUUUUUUGUGCAUUUUUUUUUGGAAGAUUUGACUGACGAUUUAUUCGAUUUCGAUAUUCAUACUGUUCAUGAUCACUCAAGAUGUCCACUAAUCAAACACAUAAAGGAAAUGGCAUUGUGGAUAGCAGCAACGAUCGUUAUGUGUAUCUUUACAAUGUACCAAACUUGCUAGAAAUAACAUCUUAUGAAGUAGUUCGAGAAAUAUGGUGCAGUGGUUCUGAGAAGAUUCAGCUUGACAAUGAGCAAGAUAGUUCUCACCAGGAGCGUUCUGUACAACUGAUGAAGGAUUUGAAUAUUCCAAGUUGCAUUAAAGAUAUACUCGAAAAUGAACGAUGUAAAGUUGGCCGAAGGAUUGAACAAUGGACACGAGAUUUUUCAUUUCACAUGGAAUUUCCCAAGCAAUUUUCCAAGUACGAUUAUGAUAUUCCUAGCAUUGAUCCUAACUGGUUUGUUUGGUCGAUGAAUGGUGAAAUCGACUGCAGAAAAACCGCCAAAAAAAUGCUACAAGUCGACUGUUUGACAAAUGUACAUAAAUUUAUUAUUAUGAGCGUCUAUUGCUUGGAAGACGAAAUGAAAACAUUUUCGUUGGAUUCGCUUCCGGCAGAAUUUUAUACAAAUGUAACACCUUCCAACGGCUGGGUGUUCUUCUAUUGGAUUUGUUACCUUAGAAAUGAACUGUGUGAAGUGGCAUAUUACGCCAUAGCAGCGAAUUUCAAUAUUCGUGAUCGGUUCAUCAACGAUUACUUCUGGAGCCUUUCAAGUGACUAUGAUCGGAUAGAAAUAGCCAAAGAUUGGAUGUAUCGAGCUUACGAAGAGAGCGUGAUAAAUGACCAAUAUUACAACACUUCCGCUUGCGUAUUUUUCGAGCAAAUAAUUUCUAAAAUGAAUUGCAAUCAGCAACGACGUUUGUUUGCGAGAAUUCCUGAUAUCGAAACAAUAUUUUCUUUAUUCAUGUCCAAUUCCAGUUCUCCCCGAUGCGCACUUUGCAUUUGGAGACAUUCUAAAAAUCGCAUCGAACUGAUAUACUUUUCUAUAACUAUCCAACAACUUAUGUUUCGUAUUGAACGUAAUUCUGCAUUGAUGUCUACAUUGGCUGAGAUUUGGGAUACUGCUUCUGAUUCACAAAGAAAUUACGUGACUCGCGAUGAAUCCCGGCUGUGCUCAUUCAUAAACAUUUGUCUUGACAGCCUCAACCUUGUAGAAUUUUUGAGCAAAUUACUUCAUCAUUUCUCUUCAAAUGAGAGGAAAAGACUGAUUUUUAAGGUAGCUGGAAGCCGUUUUUUUUACAAUUGUAGAUCCGAAUCGUUCAACUUUUUAGUCAACUCAUUUUUGCCGCACUUCAAGGACCAAUUGGCGUUGAAAGAAGUUGUAAUGCAGUCUCCCUAUUUCAAAAUGUAGAGACAGAUUGUGAUGCAUUUUCGGUCGCGUAUGCGAGAGAAAUUCGUUCUGCCUCUAGCCAACAUUAAAGAUAGUUUCGUAAUACGACACCUAGCGGAUUAGUUCACUCUAUACUUCGUAACGAGAGAACAUACGCUAGAGAAACCAGUCAUUUGGCGACUCCCGAUGAUAAAACAUCGGAUAUCAAUGUUCCGGAGAUGGUAUAGGACCACCUAUACCAUGCUAUUUGCGUAAAUCUAAUGGACUAAAUUAGUAGCACAAGUCCAGUCAUAUACGAAAUAUGAACUGGUGAAGCAAGUGAUCUAUUUCGAAUAUGUUCUGUGUUCCAGUUACGUUGAUAGAGUCGUUCAGAUGCACUCGGGUCCAGGAGUUAUUACGUAAAACAUCCGAGGAUCCUUAUUGUAAAUCUCAUCUAAAUGAGUAACAUAUAUGGACCUUCCCACAUCCGUGUACUGUUCCCUAUUCCCUGUGGUGAUGUGCAUUGCACUUUCUUAGGCAUGAAUAUGCUAUCUCUCCUUUUCGUAAUACUGUACAGGCCAGUAUAAAUAAUAUAGCUUGAGUAAGUUGUUAUUACGUACUUGAAUAAACAAUACAUGGAAUGACAACUGAAGAUGUGUUUCUUAUUUCGUAAGGUAUAUAUAAUUAGAUAAUUGUCUGUGUGGUAUACGUAAAUACACUCAGUGUCCGAAAAGUAGGUAACGAGGCGGUAAGUCGCCAGGUACCUACGAAGCUCUCAGAAGCUAGGUACUGCUAGACCUCAAGUAGGUAGCUAGCAUAUGUGAGACCUAUACAUGGAGAUGUGCUUGUAACAGCAUCAUCGUAAU